ACGAUCUGUCAAAAACGCAAUCUUUGAGCGGCCCGACAUUAGUUGAACUAUAUUAGUAUUUGGCUAGCAUUACUAGUUGGAUAAAUAAAAUUACUAAUUUAAUUAUUUGAAAAGCAUUUGAAUAUUCCGGAUGAUUUGCUCAGUUGAAUCAUUAGUAGUUCGAUAACUAGUCGCGUAUCGUUAUUUUUGACAUAUAUUGUAAUUAGUAGGUAACUUUUUGUAUUGUAGUUAAAAAAAAGUCAAAACACAAAUACUCAUAAAACUUUAUACAUAUUUUGUAAUUUAAUUGUAUUGUUUAAAAAAAAAAAAAAAACGUUAGAACACAAAUACUGAUAAAACCUUAUGUCGCUGGAUCAAAGUUUGUGAAGUUUAAACUACCUAGUAAAGUAGUGAAACAUAAACAAAACCUACCUAAUGAGAAGUAAAUGGAACAAUGGAGCUACGGAAACUAAACGAGAGUGCUAAUAUUGGGUCCAUAUCGUGUCCUGUUUGCAACAAGGAGUUUAAAAAAGAAAUUAUUGAAGACCAUGUCAAUAAAUGUUUGUUUUUGAAUACCCCGGAAAAUAAUGCAACAACUUGUAAAAGAAAUAGUGCACAUUUUAAAGACGUUUCGUCACAUGAGAAAAAAAUAAAAUUAGAUUCUAUAUCAACUACAAAAGCAAAGAAGGAGCCUCAAUCAUCUAAAUUAAAUUCUAAAGUGGAGACAACCAAGGAGAAAGAUGUUCCUCUAGCUGAACAUAUGAGGCCAUUGACUCUGGAUGAUGUUGUAGGCCAAAGAGAGGCUUUUGGUCAUGGUUCGAUGUUGCGUGCAAUGCUUGAGCAGAAAAAAAUACCUAAUAUGAUAUUAUGGGGACCUCCUGGUUGUGGAAAGACAUCAAUUGCUAAUGUAGUAGCCAAUAUUUGUAAGGAACAGAGUCAUAUGAGAUAUGUGAAGUUGUCAGCCACAAUGUCUGGAAUAAAUGAUGUAAAGGAGAUUGUUAAAGUUGCUAAAAAUGAGAUCCAGUUCAAAAGGCAAACUGUGUUAUUUAUGGAUGAAAUUCACAGAUUUAAUAAACUUCAACAGGACACAUUCUUGCCACAUGUUGAAAAUGGUACAAUAACACUAAUAGGCGCCACAACUGAGAAUCCCUCAUUCAGUUUAAACAAUGCUUUGCUCAGUCGCUGCAGAGUAGUUGUCAUGCAAAAACUGUCUGUUGAUGAUGUGAUGAUUAUUUUACGGCGUGCUCUUAAAAAUAAAGAAACAUUAAUAGUAGACGCUCAGGGAAGUCGGAAACAAGAAGACACCUUGAUACCGCGGUUUAUAGUGCAGGAAGAUUCAUUGCGAUGGCUAGCGGAAGUUUGUGAUGGUGACGCACGAGUUGCUCUGAGUGCUUUAGAACUUACGCUUGCUGCUAGAGGCUCUGACAAUGAGGUGCAUAUUACUGGUCCAGUGGUGUUGGCUCUCGAAGAUAUUAAAAAUGGAAUAAAGAGAUCACACAUGUUAUACGACCGACAAGGCGAAGAACAUUAUAACACAAUAUCGGCAAUACACAAGUCUAUACGAGCUAGUGACGAUAAUGCAGCAUUGUACUGGACCACUAGAGCUCUCCACGGUGGUGAAGAUCCUUUAUAUAUAGCACGCCGGCUUAUUCGUGCUGCUUGUGAAGAUAUUGGCUUAGCUGACCCAGCAACACUAACAGAAGCCGUGGCUUGUUUACAAGGUUGUCAGCACAUAGGCAAACCUGAGUGCGACGUUUUAUUGGUACAAUGCGCCGUCCGGCUAGCCAGAGCACCCAAAAGUCGAGAAGUGUAUAAUGCUAUGAAACGUUGUCAACGAUCAUUAGUUGAAGCGAAAGGUCCUCUACCACCUAUACCGCUACACUUGCGUAAUGCACCAACCAAACUUAUGAAACAAAUGGGCUACGGUAGUGGAUAUAAUCUACUCCAUAAAAAUGAAUCUGGUCUUGAAUACAUGCCUGAAGGUAUGGAAGAUGUGAACUUCUUUCAUGACAACAAUGAUGAAGAAGACUAAGUUUUUGGUAUUUUAUUAUUAAAACCACUUAAAUCCUA